UAAAAGUUAAAUAAUGUGCACAAGGAAAUCUCUGCGGAGUAUUAUGUAAUCCUUUUAGUUUUACCGUCAAGUGCUUGUUUUUAUAAUGUUGCUUUGUUUUCAAAUUUUCGUUUGCCGCGCUACGGUAUAACAUUUUACUAAAGAAAUACGAAUUCAAUUUGAAAUAAUACCAACUAUCACGACCCAACAAUUAAUGGGUGCUCUAAUUUCAAUCUGAAAAUUGACAAUGAGAAGAGCGUACAACAAUCAUGCGCAAAGGGGAAAUUGAUGGUUUUAUUGAUCGGAUGGUGGGGUGGGGCGGUCGGGGGUCUCUACUGAAAGCGUUUCAUAGUUGCACAUUUCCACUUUUUGUUGGUCUCGUUUGAGCUGAGUCGAAUGUGUCAUCGGGAAACCAGAUCAGGGAGAAGCCAACGAGCUUUUUCUAUGAUCUCAAUGGAUUCUUUUCCCUGUCGAAUCAAGUCUGAAAUGUCGAGCAUCAACGACACGAUUUACCUGUGCAAUUUCCGCGUCUCGGUCGACGGCGACUGGCUCUGCCUCAAAGAACUGCACGAGUUGCAGUCUUGCGAGUAUCCUUCACGCCCUGCGUUUCUCAGAGAAGAAUACGAACGCGACCCAGCUCAAGUAGAGAGAACCAACCUGGUCAACUUGUGUAAACUCAUCGUCAAAGAGUUGAUUGAUUCGUCGGUCCAGUAUGGGCGCAUGCUGGACUCGGACUUCGUCCCCUUGCAACACUUUUUCAUCGUUUUAGAGCACGCUCUUCGUCAUGGUCUCCGACCUAAAAAGGGACUUCUUGGACCCAAAAAAGAGUUAUGGGACCUUUUACAAACUGUCGAAAAGUCAGCCAAUGAAGCCUGUGACAUCACAGCAAGUGUAAGGGACUUGCCAACAGUGAGAACAAGUUUAGGUCGAGCUAGAGCGUGGAUCCGCCUUGCUUUGAUGCAGAAAAAGCUUGCCGACUAUUUGAAAAUUUUGAUUGAUCAAAGAGAUAGUGUACUCCAUGAAUACUACGAACCUGGGGCACUUUUAUUGUGCGAUGAAGCCGUCAUUGUCCUGGGUCUCCUCUUGGGUCUCAAUGUUGUCGAUUGCAAUUUAUGCUUAAAGGAAGAAGACCUUGAUAGUCAACAAGGAGUCAUUGACUUUUCGUUGUACUUGAGGACAGGUGGCAACAACUCUAUGAAUCCCACUACUGACACAGUAGACUCCUCCAGCAUGACAGCUGUGUUGGACCAGAAAAAUUACGUGGAAGAGCUCAAUAGACAUUUGUCGGCAACCAUCACUAAUUUGCAGACGCGAUUGGAUGGGACGACGACGAGUAACACGCUCAUGAAAGAAGAACUUGCACUGACCAAGCAAGCUCUGACUAAAGCCCAAGAAGAAAAUACGCUCCUCAAGGAAUAUGUGCGGAAAGAAAGAAGUAAUUCCGGUUGUCAAGAAAUGGAGUCGGUCAAUUCCAAUUCAACCAACAAUCGCUCCAGCACCUACAUGGCGGCAGAGGACGCCAUUGCCGAGGUGAAACUCCAGUUGGCUGAAGAGAAGAACCACCGAUUGGAUUUGGAAAAGGAACUGGAACUGCAGAUGAAUAUGCGAGCGGAAACGGAAGUGGCUCUCAAGUUGCUGGAGAAGGACAUCCACGAAAAACAGGACACCAUUAUCUCGCUCCGCAAACAAUUGGAGGACAUCAAAGUCAUCAACUUGGAAAUGUUUCGUAAACUUCAGGAUCAAGAAAAAACUGCCAAUAUCAAGAACGAGUUUAUCGCCAAAUUAGAAGCGGAAAAUGGUGAAAAUAAGAAAAAUCUACGCAUUGCCCAAGAACAAGUCGAGGAGUUGAAGUUGACAGCCAAAAGAACAGAAGACAAUACCCGUCGUUCAAUGAAAGAGAACAUGGAAUUGCAGUCGCAAUGUCGAACAUUAGAGGAGGAUCUUCGGCUUGAAAAAGAAUGGCGAUCUUCACUUCAGGAUUCCGUCGUGUCCGAUCGCACGACUAUGGCAGAGUUGAAACAAAAACUCGAGGAAACUCAGGAAAUCCGAAUCGAUUACGCUGAUUUGGAAGGGAAACAUCAACGACUAUUGAAACUCUGCACUGAUCAAGAAAAAGCUCUCGAAGAAGUUGGCGUUCGGUUGCGCGAUACCAAAUUGGAGGCGGAUCAUCUAAAAGAAGCGACAGUUUGGGUUUCUAGAGAUGCCCAAUGGGCUCCUGAUGAACUGGUGACCCACUGUGGACUGUGCGAGAAGGAAUUUAGUCUAGCUCGUCGCAAACACCACUGUCGUUCGUGUGGGGAGAUUUUCUGCGCAGCUUGCUCUGACCAACAGGCACAAUUGGCGUCCUCGGCCAAACCUGUCCGCGUUUGUGACACCUGCCACACUCGUCUACUCCAACGCUAUUCCGCCGCCUCUUAAGUGUGAACCCAUAUUUUGAUACUUUUUGUCAAAUGCUUGCUCUCAUUGGAUUUCGGGUGAGCAAGCCAUUUAUUUUAUCAUUCCUUCCAUUCGAUAAAUUUCUAUUUCCUGAAAUUGUCUUCAAAUCUUUAAAAAAUAGUGUGCCUAUAUUCUCGGGUGAAAUUCUGUUUGAUAUUUUCAGCGGUUAUAUGCGGUUAUAUAUUUUCAGAUUUUGUGGGUGUAUUGAAAGUCGUUAAAGAUUUGCAUGAAAUUCAAAAUACAUUAAAAAAUAGGCUUGAA